GGAUUCCUUUCAAAAAAAAAUCCCUAAGGAUCUUUUAUCACUAAAACGCCUCGUUUCUCCGUGUAAAUUGUGCGAGCAAAUCCGCCUCUUCCUCUCCUCCUCCGAUUUUAUACCCAAAAUAACGCCGGCGCCUCCUUCCUUUCUACAUCUCCCGAUCCACCAACACUACCUCCUUCUUUCUCUUCCUCUGAUCCGAUCCGAUGAUGUCUUCCGCCCCCUCCCAGCUCUCCAACCCCGCCUCCGCCGGAUCCGUUCCCGCCGCCCCCGUCUCCACCCCCGCCUUCCGUCUAUUUCUCUCGCACCUUAACGACUCCGUCCGCCGCUCCCUCUCUGAUCGCCGCCCAUGGUCUGAGAUCGCCGAUCGCUCAGCCUUCUCCCGCCCAGAAUCCAUCUCUGAAGCCACCUCCCGCCUCCGCAAGAACCUCGCCUACUUCCGCGUCAACUAUGCCGCCGUUGUCGCCCUCGUUCUCGCCGUGUCCCUCGUCACCAAUCCCUUCUCUCUCCUCAUCCUUCUCGCGCUUCUCGCCACUUGGUGCCUCCUUUACCUUUUUCGCCCCUCCGAUCAGCCCUUAGUCCUCUUUGGCCGUACUUUCUCCCACCGGGAGACCCUCGGUGGUCUUGUCCUGCUGUCCGUCCUCGUCGUCUUCCUCACCUCUGUCGGAUCGAUCAUCGUCUCUGCCCUCGUGGUUGGCGCCGGCAUAGUCGCCGCCCACGGAGCGUUUCGCGUCCCGGAGGAUCUGUUCCUUGAUGAGCAGGAGACUGGCAGCGCCUCCGGUCUCUUGUCCUUCCUCGGCGGAGCCACCUCCGCCGCCGGCUCUGCAGCCGCUCCUGGACGUGUCUGAUGCACAGAUCUGAUGUUUUCUGGUUCACGCCAUGGCGAUUAGAUCGUGCUCAUCCUCCUUAUGUUUGUUAUCAUUCAAAGUUGAACAGAUCAUUAUUUUAGGUAGAUUCUGAAUUGUUGACGGUAAAUCUUUUUCUUUUAAAGAUUUUUUUUUUAAAAAAAUGUACGUGAUUUCCCUAAGCUGUAGAUCUGGAUUUUAUUGUACUUUCUGCUAUCAAUCUAUUUUUGUCAUAUGAAUUGAACAUUGCCUGUUUCAGUCAUAGUGUUAUAGAAUCUGUAUGAUGAUUCAUGCAAGUUAAUUUCAUUACAGGCUUUGCUUUUA